UUGAUAUGGCAACCUCGUGGCAAUCAUAAGUGAAAUUUACUGAUUUGUUUACAAAUAAAAGAAUUGAAAGUUUUUAUAAAAAUGAUUUGUUUUGUUUGCACAGAAAAUGCUAAUCAAACUUUAGCAAUAUUUCGAGAUGGGGAAAUUAAUUCCAAAAUUGCUGUAAUUAUUGAAAAACAUCUACGUCUAAAGCCACAGCUAAUGGAGAAGCAGGAGGAAGCCUUGGAAAUUUGCAAUCAAUGUUGGGAAAAACUACGUGACUUUAAUGAGUUCUUUGAAUAUGUGGCAAAAGUUCACAAAGAUCAAACGAAAUAUUUACCGGAACAAUUGCUGGAAGAUACGGGCGGUGAGCUGGAUGAGAAACAUACAUGGGAACCGCAUAUAAAAACAGAAACAUUGGAGGAAACUUUAGAUGACAAUGUGGAAUUGCAUUUUUUUGAAACUGACGAUGUUUUUACUGAAAAUCCACUUUUAGAACUGACUCCUGAAGAUGAUGAUGGAAUGGAAGAAUUGAUUAAUAACGAGACCAGAAACAAUGAAAAACAGAAAAAUACCAAAACAAGAAGAUCUAAAAAAAUAUCCAAAAGGCCUAAAACACCUGAAGUAAGUGCUGAUGAUGAAGACAAUGAACAGUCAUUAGCUUCCCUACUUGAUGAUAUUAAACAUGAAGAUAGUGAUGAAUUGUACGAUGCAAACAACGAAUUAAAGGAAAGUCCGGAAAAGAAAAAGAAGACAAAAAGAACUUCACUACCUCGUACGGAAGCCAAGCGUACAAAGAAAGCUGCUGAUAAAACUAAUGAACCAAAACGUAGAAAGGGUCAUGUGCUAUUAGAAGAAAAUGAUGGCCUUAUCAAAAAACACAUAAAAAUGUUGUGUCAAAUGUGUUCCUAUAUUGGUGAAGAUUUUUCAAAUUUAAUAAAACAUUAUAAAGAGGAGCAUGCCGGUGUUAAACCCUUCAUAAAAUGCUGCGAACGUAAAUUGGAUUGUCCGUCAGAUAUUUUACAACAUGCUUACUUCCAUGAAGAUCCGGAACAUUUUAAGUGUCAAAUAUGUGGUAAAACGUUUAUAAAUAACUCUGGACUUAAAGACCAUUUUAUGAAACAUCACGAACCCGAAGAAAAUCUCCCCUAUGGCUGUGAUGAAUGUCCGCGUAGAUUUUCCAGAAAAAAUCUAUUGGCGCAUCAUAAAGCUAAACAUAUACCCAAAACUGAAAGAUCACACUUUUGCGAGAUAUGUCAACCGCCGAAAGCAUUUGCUAGUGAGUACAUUUUACAGAUACACAUAAAAUCACGUCAUACAAAAGCUUCCAAUAUUUGUCAUGUUUGCGCUAAAGAAAUACGAGAUAAACAAGCUUUUGAAAAACAUGUGCGUUUACAUUUCGAGACAAGUGGUCCGCGUAUUAAAUGCCCGCGAGAAGGUUGCGAAAGUUGGCUUAAGGAUGAAGAUAAUUUGAAACAACAUUUAAGGCGUUUCCACAAUCAAGCGAAAUUCGAGUGUCCCGAAUGUGGACGUAUAUGUAAAAAUAAACAUUCUUUAACAUGCCAUUUAAGAAAUACACAUUCCACCCAAAUCUUUACGUGUGAAGAGUGUCAAAAGAACUUUAAAAGUGCUUUGUCUUUAAAGGAACAUAUGGCCGGUCACACGGGCGAACCUUUGUACAGUUGUCCAUUUUGUACCAGAACUUUCAAUUCCAAGGCAAAUAUGUAUUCACAUAAGAAAAAAGCUCAUCCUGUAGAGUGGGAUUUAGUUAACAAAUCCAAAAUGGGUUUUAUAUAAUACGUUUAUUUUUUAUUUUGUUUGUUAUUUUAAAUUAAUAAAGUAUUUAUUAAGAA